UCAAGUGUGUAAAAAAAUAUCCAGAUUGCAGCUAAAAAAGGAAUUAUCCCACAUUGUGUUUGUUGGAUAACUGAGGGUUUAGUAACAGGUGUUUGGUUAGAUACAAAAUAUCAAGAUUGCUGAAUAAAAAUGGACAUUAUCGUGCAGUUUGGCUGUUCAGAUAAUUCCAUAUGGCCGAGUAAUUAAGGAUUAUGGACAUUUCUGGUAUCACGUUCCAGGGAGUAGAGAGCUGCCUUCAGGUUCUGAAGAUCUCCCACAAGUUUCUUAGAGUUUGCAGCAGUUCUCUUGACUUGAGUCAGGAUCUGCAUGUCCUGGUCUCCGGUCAGGGAUAGCGUGAGUUUGAACAGCUGCUUUUCCACCUCUUUCAGUCUCUGUCGCAGGAGACGCACGUCGUUUUUGUAUCCCUCGAUCUCCAGCCCUUUCCUCUUUUCCAGAGCCUCGUAUCUGGCGUUCAUGAGGUUCAGCCGCUUCGUUAGUUUGUCGGUUCUUUCCUUGAAGAGUCCUCUCGAUGCCUCAGUUUCGUCUUUGACUCUGGCCAACUCUUCCUCCGUCGCGAUGCACUGCUCUCGGUAGUUUUCCCCCAACUGCUGCGCCUGCUCUAGCUGUAACUGUAGCUCCUUGACAGGUGGACCGGGGUUCCUCACUCUAUUGCGACGGCAGCGGCUGGGCUCUUUACUAAUACUCACACCAAGUACAGGGUCUACCCCGUGACUCACGUCAUAGUCCUCCCUCACCUUGUCCAGUCUCUGGAGGAGGCGGUCUCUCUCGGCCAUGUGCUGCCUCUCCGCUGCCCGAGACGUGUACUUGAGAUCGAGGUAGUCUUUGGUACUCUCGUAGAGAAGCCUCUGGGUCUUGUGGAGCUGUUCGUCGAGCAGUCUUAUCCUCUCCGUGUCUCUCUCCUGCAGUGCCUGGUAUUCCUCCAGCCUCACUCUCCUGUCCUCCAGCAGUGAGUCCACCUGCUCCUUGCACAGCCUCGUUUGCUCCUCGAGCUGUGCUUUUAGACUCUCCACCGUCAGCAGGAGGGUCUCGUGGUCCUCGUGUGUGCAGCAUUCCUCGUUUUCUUUCCUGCUGCAGUCGGUUUGUGGUUUGACUGAGAUCUUGUGUCCCCCAGGGCCCCUCCCUAUCUUCUCGGAUGUAGGUUCGGAGGUAGAACAACUCUUUUUAUUCCUGCGGUGUUCCUGGAUCACCACCCUGGGUGCCGACUUGUCUUUGAAGAAGUAGGUCGUUUCUCCCUCCACCACCGGCUGCCUAGAGAGGGAGAGGAGGUGCUGGAUCCGCUUCCUGUCCUCCAACUCUUUGAUCUUGAGGCGGUCGUUCUCGGCGUAGAGACGGAGCACGUGCUCUCGCUCUUGAAACAGGAAGACCUGCAUGUCACUCAGGGCCUUCUGGAGCUCGGCUAUCUCCUCCUCCCGCUGUCUGAUCUCCCACUCGCUCUUGUGCACGUGCUCGUACGUACAUUUGUACUUCUCCAGUUUCUUGAGUAGUUUCUCGUACUCGCCGUCAUAUUCGGCGAUCUUCUGGCGGUAGUAUUCCAGGAGCUCCCGCGACGGCCGCAGUUGGCCCAGCCUCUCGUUCAGUGGCGGUACGCCGUCCAGGAGAGAGUCCUCGUUGCUGCUGCUGCCCUCGCUGUGUGUGCUGCUGCUGAUGUUUGACGCCAUGAUGAUCUGCAGUUGAACACUCGUUUUUGAAAUUAUCUGGCGGCGCGCGCCGAAAUAAGUGGGCAUCAAUUAGAACAAUAACACACGGCACGCCCUCUUUUUGGCUCGGGUGUGUUGUCGUGUCUUUACGUGUUUAGGCCAUACAUCCAUGGUUUAGGCAUCCCUGUCAGAAGCUAAGCGUAUCUCUGAGACACGAUGAGCUACUACCACGGCCUGAUCUCCAGCAAGAGAGCCAAUUCCAUCCUCAACGAGCGCGGGAACAGGACGUUUCUCAUCCGGGACAGCCAGAGCCAGCCCGGCUGCUUCGUCCUGUCCGCCAAGUCGGGAGGGAAGGUCUAUCAUGUGCUGAUAUUCCACAAGGGAGGCGAGUACUCACUGGAUGUAGCUGGGGAAGGGGGUGCCCCUGCCGUUUUCUCCUCCCUCGACGACCUGGUGGUGUUCUGCAUGAGCCACAAGAUGAGGAUGGAAGGAGAUGAGGUGAGUCUGAAGGAGGUGAUACACUGUGGAGACGAGCCGUUGGCCAACGAAGAUUUCCCAGUUAUGGAGACCAACGGGUCUAAAGAGGUGGAAGACACGGACCAACUGACUGACUUAUUCCUCUCUCUCUUUGGGAGACAGUGCUCAGUGGUGUCAGUGGGACACAGCUCUCUCAACUUUGCCGGUCAGCCUCUGCCCAGUGGGGAGGAGAGACUGGUCAUCCUGGCGAGGGACAGACCCCAGAAGGCCUUCUUCAUCAAGGUCGUUGACCCUCAGGAGAGGAAGGUGAUUGCUGAGAAACGUGUCAACAAAAACUUCCAAUAUGACACACCUGGUGAACUGGUCAUUACGUAUCUCUCGGAGCAUGGUAUAACGUGCAUCGGGUUCCGUGACAAGGAAGAGAAGGAGAGGUUCUGCCACCAGUUGAAGAGGGCGGUGUGUUGGUUGGGUGAGAGAGCCCAGAAACAGAAGGAGAAGGUGAUGGAGGCAGGAGAGAGACAGCGGAGGGGAAGAGAUGAGACAGACAGCCCUGAACACCAGUUUGUUAGAACAAUGAAAGCCGAGGAUUUUGAUAUUGACCACCUGGCUCCAGAGUGGCAGUACCUGUUUGACAUGGCGGGAGUCACCCGACCAAUGUUGGAGGAUCCAGUCACCCUCCAGUUCAUCCUGGACACCGUCCUUAAGAUUGGAGGGGCUCCCCACGAUCUGGAGACAGUGCAAGAAGAGGCUCUAGAUCCAGACUCGAUGUCCAAGGAGGGAGGAGGGAGUGUGAGGUGUGGAGGUGCCGAGAUGAAGAGGGAGAGGAUGAAGGUGCUGGCGGUGGACCACGCCCUGCGGAGGGAGAUGCAGCGAGCCAGCCGCCUGGCCGAGGAGCUUCAGAAGGUCUCCAUCGCUAGAGACAACCCCCUCCCUCUCCUCUCCCCCGGCUGUGUCUACAAGAGCCAGUGUGAGAGUUUCAAGGACCACCUGAUGGUGAGGCACACUCUGGUGGCCAUAGGACCGGAGAAGGGCUCCUGCUACUGUCAGGGACUGCGUGGCCGGGAAACCCAUCGUCCAGGUGGCCGGCUCUCCUCCUCAGCAGUACUCCCUCCCUCUCGGAUGGUGCCGCUUCGUCCACAGGUCCCAGACCCAUGUUCUGGCCCAGCAGUUCCUGUCGCGGUGGCACGUGGCCUACUGUGCGGUGCCGACCACCAGAGUGGCUGGAGUGAUGAGGACAGUUAUGAAGAUGACCUGAGUGGGCAGCAUUUCAAAGUGAGGACGGCAUUUCAGGUGUACAUCCAGCCAGGUUCCUACUCUGUGGAUGCAGUGAGUGAGCAGAGCAACUCGCCCUCCCAGUCCCAGCUGGCCUGGACUGCCCAAGGACAGACCUACGUCGUCCAUGCCCUCCUUGUCCAGAUGAUCCCUGUCACUCCACACACCAAAUGAAACACUCUGUCACUGUCUACAGAACACUGUUUAUCUAUAUACCACCGUCAUACAGGUUUUUAUGCUGAGAAACUUCACCAGUUUUAUAUACACCAUUUUCCAUUCUGUCAUUUUUAUAUACAUCUGAUUUUUAAUGGAAGUUCGAGAAAAAUGUUAGAGAGAAGGGGAAGGAAGGGGUGUGUAUGAUUAUAGUCCUGUGUUUCCUGUCAUGUGACUGUCAGCUGAUGGAGUGGGUAAUGAAGGUGACUCCCAUAACUUGUAGUCCUCCAGCAGAGGGAGUAGGUGAGGGAGAAUGUGAGGAGACGGUUUUUUGAGGCCCAGGGCCAGCGUGAGAUCGUGGCCUGGUGGCAGGAGGAGGUGGCCUGCUAUUGCACGACCAAAUACGUGAACCUCUGGUGUGUCCAACCCCAGUAGUGUGGAAACUGAGAAUACGUGCGCCGAUGUUGCAGGCAUGGUUUCCUGACGGACAUCCAACUGUAGGGGUGAGAUAGAAUAGCCUGUACAGCUUCUUGCUUCAUUGUACACUGCUAACUAGUGUCCCCAUCUUCUGUAGCUCUGAGAUGAACAGAAAUACUCGAUCAGAAAACAAUGAGCACACCACGUCCAACUUUCUUCCCUCAAUUUCUAUCUUCCCCUACAGUUUAGUAAAAUUUUCAGUCUUUGAAGUGGUGAAACAGAUACGUAUAUACCUGCUUCGACUUCACUGCAGAGCAGCUCACAGCCAUUCUUCACGGGGUUUACCA